UCGGCGAUGAAAACGACGACGUAUUGACUCCACGCGUGACCUGAAUUGCAACUGAAGCUUUUGAAAUUAAAACAAAAAAAGUUUUGGCCAAAAAAAAAAAACGGAAGCGUUUCCGUCUUCUUGGGGUUUUUAAUUCUUCUCUGUUCACAGAAUCAAAAAUCGAUCAAGUUGUAGAAAGAAUUUUCUCUGCAAACGGAGUCGACGACGAACUUGUUUUUCUUUGUUUCAGAUGCCUGGAAGUUCAGAAAAAUAAUUGAUUCAUGGGCUUGGAUUUUUUUAUAUUUGUUCUGUGAUUCUCGUGCUUGUAUCAGAUGGGUGUGUGUGAGCUUGAUAAAGGGACUGAGCUUUUCAGUGAUUUGAUUGAAUUCAUCUCUGUGCAAAAAUCAUUGGUCUUUUCAGCGGGGGAAGGAAAAAUGCCGUGCCAGGAGAUACAAUCUUGGACAUUCAAGGGCUUGAUGGCUGCAUAUGUUGAUCUUGCUGUAGCGUAUUUGCUUCUUUGUGCCUCCUCUCUCGUUUACCUGUCCUCUAAAUUCCUCGGUCUGUUCGGGUUGAGCCUCCCCUGCCCGUGCGACGGCCUUUUCAGCGACCCGUCUGAGAACAAGUGUUUCCAAGAGGUUUUGGGGAAUCAACCAGUGAGGAAGAUCUCUUCCGUCCAAUGGUCUGUGAAGGGCAAAAUCCCUUUUGAUUCAGCUGUGUCUUUGGAGCAAAAUCAUGGGCAUACGAUAAAGGGGCGUGGGAAAGAGUUUAGGGACAAUAGUUUGGAUAGAGAGGCUUGUGGAAAGGGUUUCGGAGAUGUGGAUGGGGAGGAGGAUGGUUCUUGGAAUGAGAAUGUCUCGGGAUUAGAUCUUCUAAGCAAGCAAAGUUUAAAGAAAGGAAGCUAUCGAAUGAAAGGUAAAGGAUAUACCGUAAACAGGUCGCCCUGUGGGCUUAGGUACCGUCGCAAAGUCAGUUUUGGUCCUAAGAAGUUUCCACAAUCGUCUGGAAGUGUCGGUGAAUCGGUGAAAGAUAUUGAGGAAAGAGAUUCUCCUACUGUUAUCUCUGAAGAGUGUGGAAAAGCGUUGAAGAACAAUUUCUUGUCCAAAAGUCUUUCUCUUGCUUCUGGUGGGUUUGAAACCGGUGCUCAAGGCAAACAACCGGAAAGGACAUCAUCAUGGGCUGGAGAUGGAGAUGACCAAAAGAGAGUCAGGAUUCUGGAGCAGGCGCUAGAAGAAGAACGGGCUGCACAUGCUGCGUUGUCUCUUGAACUCGAGAAGGAGAGAAAUGCUGCUGCAACUGCUGCAGACGAGGCUAUGGCUAUGAUACUGCGUUUACAAGAGGAGAAGGCCUCCAUAGUAAUGGAAGCUAGGCAAAACCAGCGCAUGAUAGAAGAAAAAUGCGCGUUUGAUGCAGAAGAGAUGAGCAUUCUGAAAGAAAUCCUGUUGAGAAGAGAGAAGGAGAAGCAUUUCUUGGAGAAAGAAGUAGAGAGCUACAGGCAAAUGCUUCUUGACAUCGAGGAAACCAAGCCAGAUGCAAAAGCUGACCCUGUUGAGGUUUCAUUCUUGUCAGACUUAACCGAAAAUGUUGUGCAAACACCAGGCCCAACGACCAUAUCUUUUGUUGAAAAGGGAAAUUUGGAGACUGAAGAUUUAUUUUCUAGACCUGGGGUCAUAUCUAAUCCGACCGAGAAUAGUUUCCUCGGGCUUGGAAAUGAAUCAAUGGCUCCAAGGUUUGAUUUUGAUGCCAAUUCUUCAAAGAUGGGGGAAGUUCAUCGGGUUCUCUUUGACAACACUGGGGAUGAGACCCUUGUGCAUAAUCAAUCAAGUAAUGUGGAACUUCAUGUUCAUGGCAAAACCGAGACUUGGAUAGAUGAAGAACAGCAAAAAAGAGAGCAAGACAAUGCAUUUCCCGGGCCAAUGUCAAAAGCAAGCGAGGAGAAUAUUGGAGAGGACUCGUAUGAUGUGGAUUGCCAUGUGCAUGAUGUUCAUGUGAUAACCGAUGAAGACAAGAUGACUGAAACAAUACAAGGGAAAGGGAAUGUUCCUUCAGCCUAUACCGAGGCUCGGGAUUUCAAACUGGACAGAUCCAGAAGUGUUUCAGACACAACUUAUAAACUGCCUCCUCUAUGUCCACCACCGCGGAGACAGAACAUGUCUCCUGAUAUGCGUAGAAAGUCAAUGUCUGCUGUCGACUACGAGAGAUUGAAGAUCGAGAACGAAGUCGGAUGGCUCUGGGGAAGAUUGAAAGCCAUACAGCAAGGAAGAGAGAAGCUCCAUCACUCCAUUGUAGUGCCGAGAGAACGUGGGAAAACGCAGUUGCAGCUUCUCGAAGACAUAACCCGGAAGCUUCACAACAUCAAUGAGCCGUCAGAAACCGGAAAAUCUUUCCACCGGGAUUCUUUGCUUCAUCCUUCCUCUAUGGUGAAGGUUAUGUCGAAGAAACGGCCCUGUCGAAGUGCUUCACUCGAUCAGCAUAGCGCCUGAAGUAGAAACUGCAGGUAUAUAUAUGUAUAUGUACGCGUAUAUGUAUACGUAUAUAUAUCGAGAAGGCACGUAGUGCAUGGAGAUCUUGACUCCCACGACCACAAUGUAUAUGUACGUACUUUCAGGUGUAUGAUGUUCUCUGUUUCGGAUAUGUAAUGACUAAAACGGUGUCGUUUUUACCUAUAAUAAUAAAACAGUUACUAAUUGUCAUUUUUUGCAA